ACGUACUUCGGCAAAACAUCCCGAUUUCUCCUUCUCUUCUUAUUCCGGCGACGUCGGCGAUCACCCGUGCAGAAAACGCAACCCAUGGAUCCAACCGAAAGGCGCUCAUACUCCGACCUUCCUCCGGAUGUGCUCUCCGUGAUCGGCAAUCGUCUCGACACCCGCAUGGAAGUCCUCGGGUUCCGUAGCGUCUGCUCUUCCUUCCGCUCCGCGAUCCCCGCGCCCCCCCGCCGCGAGGCCUCGCGAUUCCCUCUCCAAAUCGAGCCCGGCCUCUUCCUCCGGGAGAGCACGGUCUACGCCCUCGAGACGCCAAACGGAGCCGCCGGCUCCGGCCGCACGCGGUGGCUACUGAUGCUCGAGGAGUCGUCGGAGCCCGGGCGUAUGCGGAUCCGCAGCCUCUACUCGCAGCGGAGGAUUAUGCACAUGCUCCCCAACUUCCCGAAGGUACUCGAUUCUCGCCAAUCCCGAAUGGUUGAAAUCUGUAGACAAUACACGCUCGAUGGUACAACCAGAGACCCCUCUGAAGGUGUACAGAAAGCAGUGAUGCAUCCGGAUGGCGUAGGUUCCGAUUUAGAUCAAUGUUCGGUUUAUUUCAUUGAAGGUGGGGAAUUAGGUUGUUGGAAAUACAGGGAUGAGAAUUGGAGCAAUUUAGAGGUUGAUGGUAGCGACAUCGACGAGUAUGAUGACAUCGUAGUGUAUGAUGGCAAAGUCUGGGUCGUUGAUUCCGUCGGGCAAAUCGGGCAGAUUUUGCAGCUUCAUACAUCUUUCAGACUUCAAAGUUUCUCACUGCCGAUCUACGACAUUGGUCGCCGCUUCGACUGCUUUUACUGCUUUUCCUGCUUUUCGAGGCAUUUGGUGGUAUCAGGCGGUGAUCUUUACAUAGUGUGCAGAUACACUAGCGAUGGUACAUGUAGCCGUGGCUCGCCGGAAAAGACAAGUCAUUAUGAAGUCUUUAGAUUGGAUCAGCGACAUGCGAGAUGGGACGAGGUGAGGAGCUUGGGCGAUUCCGCUUUCUUUCUCUGCAACUGCCGCUGCUCGUUUGCCGUCCCGGCAAGUGAGCUCGAUGGGCAUGGAGAGGGGAAUUGCAUCUACCGCGCAGAAAGAAAUUGCAACAACUUUGAGGUGUUCAACUUGGUGAAUCGUAGCCUCGAGUGGCCGGCCUAUUCUGACUUCCGUGUUGGUUUAUUGCUACGUGCUACGGGGAUGAGAUUUGGCAUGUAAAAGGCCGCAAGGCUAGUAUUGAGAUGCUUUCUCCUCUCUUCCAACAGUUAGGUUGUACCUGCGGCAGGACUGCAGGAGCAACAACGAAGCCCACCUUGUAAGGACCGGCAGAUCGGAAGAGAGGAAUAAGGGCAGGACUUACCCGAACAGCAGUGACGCCGAUGGUGGACCCGACGCAUUUCCCAGCCCAGAUCUGGCACAGAGACUCGAUUUAACCGGAGGGAAGAAUAGAAGAUUCUUCGGUGCUUUGCAACACUGUUGUUGCCUGCGUCUAACAGAGAUUCAUUUGGCAGGAUAAGGGAUGGGUUUGCUAAAAACAUUGAGGUGAGUUCAGCGGAAAACAUUGAGUUGAGUUCAACAAAACAGGCGGAGGCUGUAACUUUGGUUGAAACUCUAGACUUCAUCUCUUCUAAGCUUUCCCUGAGUAGUAUGAAAAAAGAAUUCCUACUUCAGUCUGAUUAUUGUACGCUGGUGGAGAGUGUUCUCUCCUUAGCUUCUUUAAGUUGGGCAGUGCAACCUCUAGUGGACAAGGUUAAGCAUAAAAUGGCGAAUAUUUCGGGAUUACUUUAGCCCACUGUAAUCGCGCCACCAACAAAGUGGCCGAUUAGUUAGCCAAAGCCCAUCGUAUGGGUUGUUUCCCUAGGAACUAGAUUGUUAAUCCCCUCUUUGCUCUUUUGGAUUUACUUUGUACUGAUGUUCAUGUUGUAUUCGUUCGGAAUCUCAGUUAGUAAUGAAAUGCAGCUUAUUA